UUGCUCACAGCAUCAAUAAAAAGCUUCAUUCAGUCUCUUCAAUGGCGGCUUCUGCUUCUCUCUCCAUUCCCCAUUUAAUUUUCUCUCUCUAAGGUCUAUGCCCUUUACCCACGUUGAAGCUUGACCAGUACCCAUUUCCCUCGGUGUCUGCUUCGACUUUUCCCACUCGAAAACCGCGUUACUCCCAGCUUUAAUCCGCCAUUAAUAUCCUACCAGAACCUUGCAACUCGAGGACGAGAAGCGCUAAUGGCUUCCGGAGCUGGAACUAUGUUUUUCAGAGUCAUUGUUUUCUCCGCCAUCGUCGCUGUAUGCGUUGCUCAGCCACCGCCGCGGUUCAACUGCAGCUCGACCUCAAAAUGCCGCUCUCUAAUCGACUACAUUCCGCCAAACGCAACCACCGUUCAAGACGUGAUGAAGCUCUUCGAUGUCAAGCACCUCCUCUCCUUCCUAGGGUCUAACAACCUUCCGAUGAACAUCUCGUCAAGCUUUGCCUUACCGGCGUUUCAAAAGAUCAAGAUUCCGUUCAACUGCAAGUGUGAAAACGGUAUUGGUCUCUCCGAUAAGCGUCCGAUUUACAAAGUCCAGAGCGGAAAUACUCUCGACAAAAUCGCGGAAAUCACUUUCGCGAGACUCGUAACUUCCCUGCAAAUCGCGGCCGCAAAUGGAAUUCCUGAUCCGAAUAAAAUUAACGUAGGGCAAGAGCUGUGGAUUCCUCUGCCGUGUAGCUGCGAUGAUGUGGAGGGGAACAAAGUCGUCCAUUACGGACAUUUGGUGGAAUCUGGAAGUUCCGUAUCGGCGAUUGCCACAAGGUUUAAUGUAUCGGAGGCUACGAUCUUGAAGCUGAAUGGAAUUGCAGAUGCGAGAGAUCUUAAAGCUUCUCAAGUUCUUGAUAUUCCUCUCAAAGCUUGUUCAUCUGUGAUCAGGCAAGACUCUUUAGACUUCCCAUUCCUCCUCCCCAAUGGCACGUACGAUUACACGGCGAACAACUGCGUAUUGUGCGAGUGUGAUGCUGCAAAAAACAUGAUUCUUGACUGUAAGCCAUCACAGCUGAAGCCACCCUCACAGAAAUCAUCAAAUUGGUCGACAUGCCCAGCCAUGCCAUGUGAAGGUAGCAAUUUGCUCCUUGGUAACUCAACAGCUUCUGGUUGCAGCACCACUACAUGUGCCUAUGCUGGUUUCUCUAAACAAACCAUCUUCACAAAUAUUUCCACUCUGAACACUUGCCCUGGACCUGAAGGUGGACCUCAAGAUAAUCCAAACAGCGCUUCAAGGACGGGUUCACAAGGUCUGAAUUUGGUCGGUCUCGUCGUCUUUAUGCAUCUGCUGAGCUUUGGUUCCCUUCUCAUUCAGUAAGAAGUAUAAUUUCCUUCUUGUAUGUUGCCAUAGAGAGAUAAUCAUAAUAAUGUAGGUAGAUUCUUGGUGUUCUGUAUUUAUCAUAAAAUAGCCAUCUUUUAGUUUCCUUUUUUUCUCGUUAAGCGUUAAUAAAUCGAGUUGAAAUAAAGCUGUUCAUGGCGAGAAAUCGUGAGGAUGAACUGGAUUAGAAUCCAUAGUUGGCUGUGAAUUUGAUUAUGUUCUUGAUUUUGAUCUGUAAUGUGUUGAUGAAUGUAUUGUAUUGUGCACUGAGAUUGUUGCAGGAAUAAGAAUGAUGAUUUUCCCUUGUUUUCA